GCGGGGGCCAUGGGGAACGCAGCCACUCCGCUCGGGCAGGGGACAGCGCGGAACACGAGCACGGGCACUGGUGGGACGCAGGUCCCUCGAGCAGGGACACCCUGGCGUGUGGCUGGAGCCACCUUAAGGUGUCAGUGUGGGGGAGGGACAGACGGGCUGCGGGGGAGGGCAGGGUCCUGGUCCGGUGCAGUUCCCAUGUUGCCGUUCCUGUCCCGUUGCGACAUGGCCCUGCGGAGGGUGCUGGCGCUGGGGGCGGCCCUGGGGCGCCGCAGCUGCUGCUCCAAGCCCUCGCUGCCCGCUGACUUCGUGGAGGCGCUGAGGGCCGUGGUUGGGGCCCCCAAUGUCUCCACGGCCACAGCAGCGCGGGAGCAGCACGGCCACGAUGAGUCCAUGCACCCCUGUGCCCCCCCGGACGUCGUGGUGUGGCCCCAGGCGGUGGGGCAGGUGCAGGAGCUGGCAGCCCUCUGCCACCGCUGCCGGGUGCCCAUGGUGCCCUUUGGCACCGGUACCGGCCUGGAAGGAGGCGUCAAUGCCGUGCAGGGCGGCGUCUGCUUCGACCUGAGCCGCAUGGACGCCAUUGCGGAGCUGAGCCUCGAGGACUUCUCGGUGACAGUGGAGCCCGGAGUGACCCGCAAGGGCCUCAACAAGCACCUGCGUGGCACCGGGCUCUGGUUUCCUGUCGACCCUGGGGCGGACGCCUCGCUGUGUGGCAUGGCCGCCACGGGCGCGUCGGGCACCAACGCUGUGCGCUACGGCACCAUGCGCCCCAACGUGCUGAACCUGCGCGUGGUGCUGCCGGAUGGGCGCCUGCUGCACACCGCCGGCCCCGGCCGCCAGCCCAGGAAGCGGGCGGCCGGCUAUGACCUGACCUCACUCUUCGUGGGCUCCGAGGGCACUCUGGGCUUCCUGACCCAGGCCACGCUGCGCCUGCACCCGCUCCCCGAGGCCACCGCUGUCACCGUCGCCUCCUUCCCCAGCGUGGGGGCGGCCGUGGCUUGCACCGUGCAGGUGCUGCAGGCUGCCGUGCCUGUGGCCCGCAUCGAGUUCCUGGAUGAGGUGAUGGCGGAUGCCUGCGGCCGCUUCAGUAGGAUGGAGCUGCCAGCGCUGCCAGCGGCAGCCACGCUCCUCCUGGAGCUGCACGGCUCCCGGCAAAGCCUGGCUGAGCAGCAGCAGCAGAUGGAGGAGAUCGUGCGGCAGAGCAGCGGCUCCAGCCUGGCCUGGGCGGAGGGGCUGGAGGAGCGUGAGCAGCUCUGGUCCAUGCGCCACAACGCCUGGUACGCUGCCCUGGCGCUGCGGCCCGGCUGCCAGGGCUACUCCACGGACGUCUGUGUGCCCAUUUCCCGCCUGCCUGACGUGGUCGUGGAGACCAAGCAGGACCUGCAGGCCUCCGGCCUCACCGGACCCAUGGUGGGACACGUGGGCGAUGGCAACUUCCACUGCAUCCUCGUCUUCAACUCCCAGGACCCGGAGGAGGCCCAGCGCAUCCACGCCUUCACCCAGCGCCUGGGCAGGAGGGCACUGGCAGCAGGGGGCACCUGCACUGGCGAGCACGGCGUGGGGCUGGGCAAGCGGGCACUGCUGCAGGAGGAGCUGGGCCAGGAGGGCCUGGACACCCUGCGCUCCAUCAAGGCUGCACUCGACCCCCACAACCUCAUGAACCCUGGCAAGGUGCUCUGAGGGGGAGCACCAGCACGGAGCUAGCAUGGGGAGCCUCAGCCUCUGAAGUCUGGGCCAGGGUGGCCAUGCUGCCCUGCAGUGCCCCUGUUCGUGUCCCUACAAAUUCCCCCAUCACCACUACUGGAGGUCAGGCAUCCUCAAACCCCCAAUAAACCCUUUGGACUCGCA